AUGUUUGCACCAAUAGCCGGCAAAUUGCCCGUACGUACAUCGUCGGACGCGCGCCACCCCACGGAUCCAGUCCCUGGAGAAGCACCCGUCGGCACAAGAGUUGGGCGCGUGUCACUAACCCCUGGAUUCACCUACAGGGUCUCCGGUGUCAAUAACUACUUUGACUUCAACGCAGCUGGAUGGAUUACCCUCCGAGCACCGUUGGAUCGCGAGAAAACCAAUGGCAGCGUUGAUCUACUUUUGGUUUCAACUCCUCCGUCUAUUAUUCAUGUCGUUGUCAAAGUGUUGGAUAUCAAUGACAAUGCGCCGGAAUUUCCGGUACCAUUCCAGAAUGUUUCCAUUGUUGAAUCGAGUGCGAUCGGCACGCGUAUCCCCUUACUUCCGGCUACGGAUCGCGAUGCCGGCCUAAAUGGUACGGUAGUCGAUUACCGUAUCGAAAACCCAGUCGAAGAGUUCGAUUUGAUCUACGACGGUAGCGGAUUACUGUAUUUGGAAGUUCGCCAAGCACUGGAUCGUGAAUCUAAGCAACUGGUUGUGAUGAACAUCUCGGCACGAGAUGGUGGUGUACCUGCCAGGACGAGUUAUACCACCAUCUACGUGGAAAUCUUAGAUGUCAACGAUAAUGCACCAACAUUUUCUAGCCGUGAGAUUGAGGCGAAAUGGAAUGGGCUUGCUGGCACUCCAAUUUUUACCUUAAACGCGACUGACGCGGACCAUGGUCGAAAUGGCGAGAUCAUCUAUAGUAUACCUGGUGUUGAACGCGAACACUUCCGAAUAGAAGGCAGUCAAGUAUUUGCACAGAAAGACAAUCCACCUUGCUGUGCUUCACCACCAUGUUCUGAGUGUUUCGUCUCCAUCAAAGCUACAGAUCGAGGGAUACCCCCGUUGGAAAGCACAGCUCUGCUCAAAGUUUUGCUUACCACAGAGAAUUUGCAUGAUCCGCAAAUCACCAUAAGGCUACAUCCUUCAACUGUUGACUUUGCAUUGAUAGAAACUGGGGCUUUGGCGGGUAAAGCAGUAGCAGUUCUUACUGUAACCGAUGAAGAUGGGCCAUUAUUGGAUCCAUCACCGAUCUCAAUCGAAUCAGGAAACGAGGAUAGCGUAUUUGAUCUCAUUGUACAAAGACAAUUUUCUAUAUUAAAAUUAGCUAAAAACGCUGACAAUAUUGAUCGCUCGGAAUUUGAUCUACACUUUUUGGCCAAAGACGGGCAAACGCCACCAAGGAUGAUGAGGAGACUCUUGAAGGUCUAUAACGAAGCGAAGUUGACAGCUUUUCCUGUCAUGGUAGAGAAAAAUCUGGCAGUAUCGUUGCCGGAAAACUCCCCCGUGGGUAGCUUUGUUACCCAAGUGCAUACAAACUCGUCCGAGUGUCGUUUUUUCCUUUCUGGUACAGCACCUUUCCAUGUGGACGAGUCAAGCGGGAUCAUAACCACUACCUCUAACCUGGACAUAAACAAUGCUUCCACAUACACACUUGAAGUGAUGGUGCAACUUCCGCCACCAAGCAUUCAACCGAUGACGUCAACGGUUACCGUAACCAUCACGGACGUCAAUGAUCAUGCGCCAACAUUUGUUGAUCUACCAGAUCGAUUAUCGAUUUCUGAGGAUACGCGAGUGGGGAGCACUGUCUUGAUGGUGAAGGCUCUGGAUAAAGAUCGUGGCGAAAAUGCGCUCGUUUCUUAUCGAUUGAUCGACAGUCCUGGCUCCAACUACCUAUCAAUCGAUAAUCGAUCUGGAAAACUCACAUUGAAGAAAGCUCUAGAUUUUGAGGAGAUUCGGCAAUUUGACGCAGAGAUUGAAGCAUGUGACCGUGGUUCGCCAAAUUUGUGCUCUGAGGUCGAUCUUCCCAUUAUUGUCUUGGACGUCAACGACAACUCGCCGGAGUUCCAAUGUCCUGCAACACAUGCUGUCCUACCUCUAAACGCACCACCGGGUACGGUAGUCGCUAAAAUAUCCGCUGUGGACCGUGACUCUGGUGUAGCUGGACGAGUUCACUAUGCUUUAUUGGAUGCAAUCACUGGCUUUUCCAUUGAUCGGACUACAGGAGAGAUUAGAACUACUGAGAGUUUGCAGGAUAAGGUGUACAAGACUCGCAUUGGAGCUAUGGACGGCAAUGGUGUUACGUCCACAAACAAUGCUACUGUUACACUUUAUACAAGUAAAAGUAACGUCCUGCAAUGGUCGGAGGGUCCUGACACGAUUGAUGUGAAUGCUAGCGCUAGGGUUGGCGAAGUGCUGGGUACAUACAAAACUACCUUACCAUCUUCGCUGAAAGUGACUUCACGACUCCUGAGCAUCGAUCAUCAGGGCAAACUUACUGUGGCUUCUUCGCUACCGAUCGAUAUUGAUCAAUUUCAUGUAGUAUUGAUUGCUGAGUCCAACAAUACUGCCAUAAGCAAGUGCAUCCAUUUGCGGAUCAAGCGAGAUCCUCGUCCGCCUACAUUUCCUAAAAAGGCGAUGACCAUGAAAUUGGCCAGGGAUGCUCCGCUGGGAAUGGAAAUCUUGAAGGUUGAUCCUGGUACAAAAAGCGACUUCAAAACUGAUUGCCGUUGGUUAAGAGUGGACAGCAAUGGAGUGUUAUCUAUCAAGGAGCUGAUCGAUAAAUCGAUUGAUGGUGUCCAGUGUGCAGUAGAAGCUCAGGAUACUAAGGGAGCAAAGGAUACUGUCAAUUUGCUGCUCACAAUGGAGACCUCGAAGAAGCCCCUACAACUGAAUGCUUCCUAUAAUCUGCAUGUGAAAGAGGGAACUCGUCCAGGGGCAGAGCUUACAACGUUGAGCACGGAUUCGAACUAUGUGUUCGAAGCUAACUUUGACACUUAUGUUGGAGUGUUUCCGGAUGGGACCGUUUAUGUGAGGAAGGCAAUAACUCGUACAGCUGCCGAUGUCAUUACCGUACCGAUCACGGCCACUCACAGGAUUCAUAACAAUACUUACUCCACUCUGAUUCAUGUCUAUGUCGAUGACGUCAAUGACCAUGUCCCAAAAUGUUCUGAGCAAGCUCACUUCACCGUGAAGGAGAAUAUGGGAAUUGGGACUACCGUGGGAUUUUUGAACGCAACAGAUGAGGAUACUGGAUUAAAUGGUGUGCUUGGAUAUAGACUAAUAGACAACCAAAACCUGCUGCAUAUUGGAUUCGCUACGGGGAGGAUCACUACUGCUACUGUUUUCGACGCCGAAUCGCUGAGGAAGGUUGACUUCAAAUAUGAAGUAUUCGACCACGGUUCCCCUCAAAAUACUGCGAUCUGCAAUGCAACAAUAGAAAUAGCCGAUGUCAAUGACAACUCACCCACAUUCGAACAACUCUUCUAUAGCGUAGAUGUCAACGUAAAUAACCCCAUAGAAAAUCGGACCAUCAUGGCUGUAAAGGCUAUUGACAAAGACAUCAACGACAAAGUUACUUAUCGAUUGCUGAAUUAUCAUCACUUAUUUGAGAUCAACCAAACUUUGGGGGAAGUUUCGAGAAAAGGAAAGCUACGAAGUGAUUCGAGGUAUAACAUCUCUAUAGCAGCUGAGGAUCAGGAUAGGAAACGAGCAGAGACAUUUUUGAUCGUGAUAACUGGUUCUGAUAAUGAUUUAUAUCCAGUCUUUGACAAGAUGAUGGAACCUUUAAGAAUCCCCUCCACUGCCUCCAUUGGAUCUUUGGUAGGGAAAGUACGAGCCAUGGCUGGCUCCCAUGUGAUCAAAUACCAUAUCUCGGACCAUCGCUUCGAUGUCGAUUCCUGGGGAAAUGUCAUCUUGACGGCACCUGUGGGGUACUCUCCCAGUCAGGAGGUGGUCGUGACAGCGUCAACACCGUUUCGAAAUGCAACGGCCCUAAUGAAGGUGCUGAUCACUUCGGAUUCGGAUGUUCCGAAAAGCGAAGAGACUUUCUGGGUUGAGGAAAAUACAGUGACCAGUAUGAUCACUGAGUUGGGAGACGACUACAAAGUUUUAUUGACUGUUCCACGCACUUCAGCGUUUGCUGUUCGGGACCGGAAGCUCGUCCUCGUAUCGCCAUUGGAUCGCGAGAACUCGUCCAGCUACAAGAUCCUGGUUGGAAGCAACAGGGUGACCCGACUGUUAACCGUCGAUGUCCAAGAUGUUAAUGACAAUGAUCCUGAUUGUGACGUCACUACGUUUUUGGCACAUACGGCACCUCUCACCAUUCCCUUGAAGUGUGCAGAUCCUGACACUGGCGACAGCUCAAAUUUAUUCUACCGCGUGACGUCUCCGGACGCUACAAUAACCAGAGAUGGGCGUCUUACAGUACCCUCACUCAAGGAACCGGUCACUAGCAUAUACAUGGAAAUAUCAGACGGAAAUGAGACUACCAAACGCACCAAGACUGUUCUUGUCCAUGUGAUCCGCGCUAAUACCAGAGAUGCCGGCAUAUCGUUCCCUUCCAAGGAUAUUUCUAUGUUGAUGACGUCAUCGCAACCGAUUGGCACGAAACUCGGACGAAUCACUGCGGAAUCAGCUUUACCCGUGAAGUAUUAUGUCUCCGGGUCGUCCCUGAUCAGGAUCAAUGAAGAAACCGGGGUUAUAUCGACAAGAAGAACAACCAUAAAGGAUGAGACGGUAGUAGUUAUAGCUGUGUCAUCUAAAGGCGUGGCUAGCGUGAGAGUGAAUAUUGAGCUAAUCGAGGAUCAGCUAAUUCUACCUAGAAGGGAAUUCCUGUUUGUUCCAAGCUCCCUAACCGCGGUGCAUUCGCUAGGAAAGAUUGAUAUUGGUCGAGACGAUGUCAGCAUGGACCUAUCUGAUCCUUAUUUUUACAUUCGUGGAUCCGAACUGUUUUCGAAGAAACCCUUGGACUUCAAAGGGGCUCCAUUCUACAACUGUACAGCUCAUGUUUGGAAAGGGCGGGUAUCUACCGAAGUUGAGAUCUUUGUCUUGCCACCAUCUACCGAGACAACUCGUCCAAAUGACAGCGAUAGAUUGGAGUUCUGGAUUCGUGAGAACGCACCAUAUGGGAGUAUAGUGGGACAAAUGCCUGCUACGAAUGAGGCAGUAAGCUAUUCUGUCAUCGGCAACAGCGGAUUAUCGAUCGAUUCCAAAACUGGUAUACUGAAAACUGCUAUGUUAUUCGAUCAUGAGACGCAACAAAUCUACAACUUCAAGCUGAGAACCACCUUAACAUCUGGUGAAAUGCUUAAUCGCGAUGCGGUUUUAUUCAUCGACGAUGAGAAUGACAACAUUCCGAAGUUCGAUAGGAAGAUUUAUGAAGUUGAGGUUUCGGAGAAUGUCGAUGUGGGAGAGGAACUUUUGCAAUUGCGAUGGUCCGACAGGGAUUUCAACAAUGCUUUCCAUCUCUCAAUCGUUGAUGGUAAUGAACUUGGCCAGUUCGACGUCGACCGUGAAGGACGGAUUACGGUUUCGCGCCCGUUGGAUCGAGAACAAAUCAAUGAACAUCGACUUACCGUUCAGCUGAGUGAUGGAAUAGCUCCUUACCCUUACCACACAACCGAAUGUACCGUAAUCAUACGUUUAAGUGAUGUGAAUGACAACGCGCCUGCAUUCGUAUCCGCACCUGAGUUUUUAGUAGAGGAGAACAGCCCUAGAAUGAAGGUUAUAGGAAGAGCUAAAGCAAUCGAUGUGGAUGAAGGACGCAACGCGCAGGUUUUCUACCGUAUCGUGCCUGAGACGCUGCCAUUUGCAGAGUUUGUCAUCGAUGCUGUUCAUGGCGACAUUAUGGUCAAUAAACCACUGGACUUUGAGAAAAGUCAGAACUACACAUUUACCGUAGUCGCCAUGGAUUAUGGUAGUCCGCAAAUGCAGACAGAACAACAGAUUACUGUGCAUAUCGUGGACGUGAAUGACCACAAUCCAGUGAUCAGUACUAACGAAGAUGUUGUCAGUGUGGAUGAGGUGGUGCCGCGGGGUUCAACGAUAGUGACCUUCAAUUUGACGGAUGAAGAUACGAUAGAAAACUCUGCCAGUGUGUUUGCAUUAGAGGAUGGCUACGGUAUCUUUGACGUGUCACCAGUCAGCGGACAACUGUUCCUCACAACGCCAUUAGACUUUAAGACUCAAUCGCUUUACAAUAUUACCGUUUCUGCUAGAAACAUCGGGGGUGGCCCGAAGUCAUAUAAAUCAAUAACCGUUCAAGUAAUCGAUAAAAAUGAUGAAGCACCACGGUUCUUGGGUGGAUCACCUGUACAGUUCUCAGUGUAUGAGAAUCUGCCAGGUCCCUAUCCGGCAAAGAUCGGAAGCACCAUUUCGGAAGACCUAGAUGAAGGAGAGAAUGGUCUCGUGGCUUAUAGUAUCUUCAAUGGAAAUACCAGUCUUUUUUCGAUUAAUUCUGCAACAGGCGACCUCCUUGUUCUUGCACCUCUCGACCGAGAAGAACACACUGAGCACUUCAUAACCGUCCAAGCUAUAGACUCCGGUUCACCUAGACAUUCGGCCAUUACCGAAAUAAAGGUUACCGUCCUCGAUGACAACGACAAUGCACCAGAAUUUGACCAACCUUACUAUAUUGUGCAUGUACGAGAAAAUAGCAAGAUUGGUGGUAGAGUUAUGCAAGUCAAAGCUGUGGACAGAGACGAAGGAAUGAACGGAGUUAUACGUUAUGCGCUGCUCGGUGAAAGUCCAUUUGCCAUCAACAAGCUUACCGGAGUAAUCUCCAUCGCUGGUGAAUUGGAUCGUGAAAUUACCGAUAAAUACCAAAUCAGCAUAAAGGCGUCGGAUUCUGGAAAGUACAAGCAACACUCUUCGACAGCCAACUUGACUGUAUUGAUCGAUGAUGUCAAUGAUAAUAAUCCAGUUAUUCGAAACAAACUUCUCGAUGUUUUUGUCCCAAAUAAUUUGAAGAAAGGCGAUGUCGUGCAUGUCGUUGAUGCCACGGAUAAUGACGAAGAUUCUCGUUUGUUCUAUAACAUCACGGGACCAGAUGCUCGAUAUUUUACCAUAAACGAACAUGGAGAAAUUCUGGCGAAGACGUCACUCGAAAACAAGGCGUACUAUUCGAUUACGGUAGCUGUGUUCGAUGUGGGAGGCUUGAACACUAGUGCGAGCUUUACCUUCUAUGUUGACCAUUACCAGAAGUUUCCUAGAUGGACGGCGACCUUGAACAACACGAAGAUCAGCGAAAAUACGAUUGGCGAGGUGUUCCGAUUCCAAGCGGAGUCUCCAGGCAACGAUUCCAAUCACAUCAACUAUUCCAUUCUUUCUGGCAACGAUGGAUCCUUCGUUAUUGAUCCGAUCACUGGUCGAUUAUCGAUUAGAUCUGGACUGGAUCGAGAACGGCGAUCAAUAUAUCGAUUGUGGAUAGCUGCCACAGACUCAAACACUCCACCAAAAUCGUCGAUAACGUCUAUCAACAUUGAAGUGGAGGAUGUGAACGACAAUUGUCCCAUGUUCGAGAAGGUGAUCUACACAGUGGAGGUCCAAGAAAAUGCCGACCCUCAGCAAAUUCUCUGCGUUUCUGCCAAUGACACCGAUUUGGGCGAAAAUGCGAGGAUCUCUUACACCAUUUUUGAAAGAAACUCUGUGGGAGCCUUCACAAUCGAUUCAUCUACAGGCUGUAUUCAGUCUUCACAUAGUCUAGAUCGCGAAUCUGUGUCAGAGUACAAGUUGACUAUAAAAGUUUUGGACGAAGAUGACAAUGCUCCAAAGUUCUCGCACCUCUUCCACGCUGAUGUUCGGGAGGAUUUGGAGAUUGGCGCUCCGAUCCUGCUCAUUUCGGCAAAUGAUCCGGAUGAAUCUGUCAAUCAUACCUUUUCCAUCGAUGAUGAGGAGCUUACACCAUUUACAAUCGAUAAAUAUACUGGGCAGAUCAGCUUGCGGCAAAAACUCGAUCGAGAAAAGGAGUCUUCCUAUCGCCUUCGUGUUCGAGUGAGCGAUGGUACAUGGGCAGUACAGACAGGAGCAGCAAUCACUGUUCUGGACGUCAAUGAUAAUGCUCCCGUCUUUGAGAAAGAUCGAUAUGUAUUCAUAGUAAAUAGAUCGCAGGUCUACCAGUCAAUCGGGAAAGUCCAAGUCACUGAUGCAGACGAAGGGAUGAAUGGAAUCGUGCAUUAUCGUUUCGAUAGAGAUGUACGAUGUCUAUCGAUCGAUGUGAUCAGUGGCGAUCUGCGAUUGCUCUGCGUACCUCAUAGAGGUGUGAUUACGGCUACCAUUACCGCUCAAGAUAAUGGCAUGCAGGCGAUGACAUCAACCACCGUGGUUACGGUAGUCUUCCCAACAGGAAGCAAGGCCGAGUGUGGAAUCUCAGUGAACAUAGGCACCAUCAAUGGCACUCGUCUGAGCAGAUUGGCUGAGUGCUGUAACGAUGACGUCAACGAAAAGAUUGUGCAUCCCACAAGGCAAUUCCUGUCUGAAACUUCCUAUGUGGGAAUUGACCCAGAGGGCUACUUUGUAGCCACUCGGGAUUACCUCAUUGACAGCAGAGAUACUGCAACGUACCUCAUUAGCGAAAUGGCAGACGGUACAGCCAUGAUCACAAAGUUGAAGCUAAGAAUGAGCCACGGCAAUAAUCACUCACCACAUUUUAAUGAGAAAAUAAUGCGGUUUGCUGUGUCGGAAGAUCUAGACGAUGGCGAUGUCAUAGGAGUUGUUACCGCUAAUGACUCUGAUGUGGGUCUGGCAGGGAAGAUUCACUACCGUAUCCAGUCUGAAAGCGAAGUGCCUCUACGAAUUCUUGCAAACGGAACACUUAUCGUGGUUGGCGCUUUGGAUUACGAAGCGAAGAAGCGCUAUGUAUACAAUGUUACGGCUACGGAUCGAGGUCAACCACCGAGAAACGCCAGCGCUCAAAUUGUCGUGGAUUUACUGGAUCUGAAUGACAAUCCACCCAUGAUUGAAGACAAGGAGCUUACUUAUGCGAUCAUCUCAUCAAACGACGUCGUUUGUCCUACUAUUUUUGACAUCGAUACACCCCUUGCUGACCUCGACUUCUUUACCGACAGUCCCAACGUCACCACUUCAGCUCAGCAUGGUUGCAUCAAAAUCAAUGAUACCGUACCCGCAGCCAUCAAUUGGACAGUAUCCGAUGAUAAUCAAUCAAUAACCGUAAAAUUGAAUUUGCUGGAUAUGAUACCAAAGCAACCGGAGAUUUCGGAGACGAAUGCGACGAUCAGCGAAAAUUCUCUGGACGGCACUAUAGUCGCAUCUUUCGAGAAUGUGAUUUUCGCCGAGCAAAAUGACCAGUUGUCGGUGGAUUCGAAGGACGUGAAGGUGCAAGGUGGACAUGGUCUACGAGGAGAUGUGCUGAAAAUCCAUGCAAAAUCAAGAUUUGGAGGACGAGAUUUGCAAAGCUGCAAUCUGACUCUGAUGAUCACCCGAGAUGCUCCAUCGCCACUUUUCGAAAAGGAAGAUUAUGUCUUCAAUGUUAGCAAAACGACGCCUGUAGAUACGGUAAUACAUGACUUCCGAUUGCAUCUGCCGGACAACUGCCAUAUGGAAAUUGUUCCAGGUAAUGGGGCGGAGGCUUUUUGUGUAUCAAAGGGUGCAGCGCUUACGCUAUGUGGACGUCUGAGAAGAAACUACUACAGUAUGCUUAUGGAGAUUAUCUGCGCCAACAGAACGGCAUCACGCGCUGCAGUGUCGAUUACCGUGAUCCCAGCACCUGCCCCGCACGCCCCUCUGAUAGGAUUUGUUCGCGAGAGCACGUCCUCUGCCGUGAUUGGUCAACUAGAUGAGAAGAACCACCAAUUGGGGAAGUCGACUUACCAUAUUGGAGACAAGCAUCUAAGAGAGAUAUUUGUAUUAUCACCUGACGGUAUGCUGUCUACAUUAAAACCAUUGAAUAGGUCGAUUCGAAGCGUCUACCGUAUACCCAUCGUUGUUCAACCAUCGGCAGCCAGACCACUGACAAAGACAUUUGUGGUGUUCGUUGACGAAGAUGCAGAGACUGCGACAACUCGUCCAAAGAUCAAUGCUACUGCUUUGCUGGCGGAUCCUGUGACUGAGUUCGAUCUUGAUGAUCUAGACGUUGGAUCUCCGCCUAAAUGUCAGGCAAUCAAUAACGAUCGAUAUGAGGUAUCAGAAGACUGUCGUAUAACUAUCGAGCAAUCGAUCGAUAAUUACGAAACGAUCAAUGCAUUGAUCAAUAAUCGAACAGUGGAAGUUGCUUUGAAGGCCCUCCGCAUUCAGCACGAAUUUGCCCCAUCCAUGCUACAGCUCGUCGUUUACGCUCUUCCCAGUGGAAUAGCUCAGAUGCUAACUGAGUUACAGCGGACCUACAGUGAUUUGACAUUCUAUCCCUUGGCUUUUGAGAUGUCAGCGUAUCGCAACACCCUCUCGCUCGCCAUAGUUGAUCGCAAUCAAAAAGUGAUCUCAGCCAACGAUUCGCGCGACAUCGUCGCGAGAUUCUUCAAGAUGGACGAGUUUGCCCACGCACUGCUCGAGUCCAUGGAAACGAAUCUUUGCGCUAAUGUCUCCUGUGCCAAUAAUGGGACUUGUCAACAAAAGGUGCUUUGGAACAAGAAGAGCUCAACAUUUACGGGACCGGAGUCACUGUGGAGUAUACCGGAGGGCGUGGGAGUAGCUAACUGCGAGUGUCCUCCUGGAUUCACUGGUGAACUUUGCGAGAGCAUGAAGAAGUGUGAUCGUGCUAGUUGUCCUGAUGGAGAAUGCACAGAGGACGGGGACUGUGUGCGCGAUUGUGAGAAGACGUGCAAAAACGGCAUCUGCACGAAUGGCGUUUGCGAUUGCCUACUAGGCUUUGCUGGAGCUGACUGUUCUAUCAGAACAUACGGUACCGCGAUUGAGCAAAAGCGAAAGAAAACCGUGAAAAUGCUCAAAAAGUUAGAAACUGCAAAAGCACCUUGUUCCGAACUACAAUGUGGAAAAGGAGAGUGUCUGGUACAGAGCGGCCGUUCGAACACUUGCCGCUGUCCAGUAGGAUUCUUAGCGAAAGACUGCUCAUCUGAUUCCCAUGUAAUAUCGUUGUCAAAGGGCUCGGUGACCUUUACACCAACAAACGAAUUGAGAACAGAGUUGGAACUGAAUUACUCACCACUGGUCACUAAUGAGUUCUGCAACGGUAGUCAAUCGAUAUCGAUGGAUUUCCGAACGAAAAAUUCACAUGGUGUUAUUGUCGCACUGUCCUACGAACGUGAAUUCGCUGUGAUUGAGGUUCACUCAUCCAAAGUACGAUAUCGCGUUUUCGAUAGCUAUAGGACACCCAUAGAAAUCACGCUUGGUAGCCAAAUAGUGGACGACGGCAAUUGGCACCAAGUUGCACUUGAGCUAAGUGGAGACAGAAAGACGAUCACCUUUAAAGUCGACGGUAUUGGCAAAGAAGCUGUAUCACGGAUGGUUUUACCAAGCAUCAUUUCUGCCGAUUUGAAGCGUGUCCAGCUUGGAAUAAAUGGAUUGCGAGGGCAAUUUGCCGGUUGCUUACGUCGAUUUGUAGUCAACGGAUAUCUACAGACAUUGAGCAUGGAGGAGUCUGCGUCAAAUGAGUACUUUACUCGAACUGUAACUGGCGACGUCAGCCCACAGUGCGACAUAGGCUCCGCCCAUUUGGCUGUAUUCCAGACUCCUGGAGUCCUAGCAUCCAUUAUUUGCGUAGGCAUUCUUGCCGUUGCAGUCCUUGCAGUUUUUGCAUUAGCGAGGUUUGUAAGAAGGCAUCAAGACAAGAAAGAGAGCAGUUGGCAAAGGACACGGGAGAUUGACGCCUACGCAAUGCGGAAACCGCGAAUCAUCUCAACAGAAAAUGGGCACGUCAAUCAUGCAAUGAAUUCAUCAGUCGAUUCGCUCUACGCCACGGCUGACGGAUAUGAAACGCCAAUUGGUCAUGCAUAUCGUGAGCACAAGCCUCAUUUGAAUACGAAACGGAUAGUGGGAGAUGUCGUACUAGGUGUUAGAAACAACUCAUCAAGUGAUAUUAAUCGCCAUAGCUUCCCAUCGAAACACAGUUAUGAGGAGCCAGAACCACCUCCAGUACCACAAAGAAUGUAUAGAAAUAUGUCAUAUUUCUAA